AUGCCCAGAAGACUAACUCAUCUGCAGUUGAAUGAAGUUCCAAGCAAUGCCUUCAGAGGACUGAUCAACGUGUCCAGAAUUGAGAUAUCUCAGAGUGACUGCACCAGGUACAUAAGAAACCAUGCAUUCCUCUCUCUCCACAGCCUGACUGAGAUACAGAUACAAAACAUCAGAAAUCUGAUCAGUAUAGAGAAGGGGGCCUUCACUGAUCUGCCCAAGCUGAGAUACCUGAGUAUCUGUAACACAGGAAUAAUACACUUUCCAGACUUCUCCACCAUCUCCUCCCUGGUCAUACUGGAUGAGCUGGGAGACAACAUGCAGCUCCACAGUAUACCUGCCAAUGCCUUUCAAGGGAUCACAGAGGAGAGUGUGUACAUGAAAAUUAUAAAAAAUGGAUUCAAGGAAAUCAAGUCGCACGCUUUCAACGGAACAAAGCUGGAUAAACUGAUUCUGAAAGACAACAGGUAUCUGAGGAACAUUCAUGAAGAUGCCUUUGAGGGAGCAUCAGGGCCAACUGUGCUUGACGUCUCCUCCACAGCUCUCGACACACUCCCCCGUCGAGGCUUGGAACAUUUAAAGGUCCUGAUUGCCCGUUCUACCCCCUACCUGAAGACUCUACCUCCUCUAGAAAGCCUCCUAGAGCUGGAGGUGGCAGAGAUUACUUACACCAGCCACUGCUGUGCCUUUCACACCUGGCGACGCAAAGACAAGAAGACAAAUCCAUGUUGCCUUCCCCUUUUCUACAGGGACCACUCGGUAGACAAUAUGACAGACCUGUACGACAUCAACCUCCAAUACCCAGACCUGCAGCUGAGCCUGUGUCCUGGACCCUUCCAGUGCACCCCAGAGUCCGACGCCUUCAACCCCUGUGAGGAUCUGCUGGGAUACUCCUUCCUCCGUUCAGUCACCUGGCUCAUCACUGUAUUCGCUGUGGCAGGGAACAUGGCCGUGCUGGUCGUACUGAUCAUCAGCCACCAGAAGCUCAAUGUCUCUCGGUUCCUGAUGUGUAACCUGGCCUUCGCAGACCUCUGCACGGGGGUCUACCUCCUCCUCAUUGCAGCCAUGGACUUCCACUCACGCAAGGAAUACUACAACCACGCCACGUUCUGGCAGACGGGUGCGGGCUGUGGCGUGGCGGGGUUCCUGACGGUGUUCGCCAGUGAGCUGUCGGUCUACACGCUGACCAUUAUAACGUUAGAGCGGUGGCACACCAUCACCAACGCCAUGCACAAGAACAAAAGGCUGCGGCUAAGGCAUGUGGUAGCCAUGAUGGCUGGGGGGUGGGCCUUCUCCCUAUUGGCCGCUCUGCUUCCUGUCCUCGGAGUCAGCAGCUACACUAAGGUGUCAAUCUGCCUGCCCAUGGACAUCGAGUCCCUAGCCUCCCAGGUGUAUGUUGUAGCCCUCCUUCUCCUCAACGUCACUGCCUUUUUCAUCAUCUGCUGCUGCUACAUACGUAUCUACAUGUCCAUCCACAACCCCGACCUAGCAAUCCGCCACGGUGACUCCAAGAUCGCCAAGCGCAUGGCCGUCCUAAUCUUCACCGACUUCAUCUGCAUGGCACCCAUCUCCUUCUUCGGCAUCUCGGCAGCUCUCCGCAUGCCCCUCAUCACCGUCUCCCACUCCAAGAUCCUGCUCGUCCUCUUCUACCCAAUCAACUCCCUCUGUAACCCCUUCCUCUACACAAUCUUUACUCGAUCGUUUCAGAAGGAUAUUCGUUUGUUGUUGAGUCGCUGUAGUUUUUGCCUUGCCAGAGUUGAGUUCUACAGGGCACAGAACCUGGAAGCACACACUAUACCGCCUAAGGGUAGUACUACGUCCCCCAGAAAACAUCACUCUUUCAGGUUCUACACCUACCACAUCAAGAUGCAAAGAUGCUUUCUCUGCGAGGGAGGCGGAGCAACAUGACUAGUCU